AUGGGGAGCAUCUACAAGGAAUACUUCAACACGGAGAAGAUCCGGGAGCACUACAACUACACCAAGGAGGGCUCGGAAAGCUCCCCCACCACCUCCCGUUGGGUGGUCUCCAUCCUCAUCGUCGUGUUGUGCUGCUUCAUCGUGCUGGAGAACCUUCUGGUCCUCAUCUCCGUUUGCCGCAACAAGAAAUUUCACUCGGCCAUGUACAUCUUCAUCGGGAACUUGGCUUUCUCCGAUCUCUUAGCCGGCUUGGCCUUCAUGGUCAACAUCCUGCUCUCCGGAGGCCACGCCGAGAUCGCCACCGCCCAGACCCUGGCCUUGCUCAAAACGGUCACCAUCGUCCUGGGAGCCUUCAUCGUUUGCUGGCUGCCGGCCUUCAUCAUCCUCCUCAUGGACGCCUCUUGCGCUGUCCGGCAGUGCCGGAUCCUCUAUAAGGCGAACUAUUUUUUUGCCUUCGCUACGCUCAACUCGGCCGCCAACCCCAUCAUCUACACGCUGCGGAGCAAGGACAUGCGCCGGGAGUUCCUGCGG